AUGACAUCACGACCCGACCGGCACACGCAGCGCUACGAUCGGCAGCUGCGCCUGUGGAACAAGUCGGGUCAAUCAUCACUGGAGGCCGCGCAUGUGCUCGUAGUGGGCGCUUCGUCCCUCUCUUCUCACAUUCUCAAGAACCUCGUGCUGCCCGGCCUGGGGUCCUUUACCGUGUGCGACGAUGCACGCGUCUCACCGGACGACGUGGCAUCCAACUUUUUUCUCGAGACAGACAGCGUAGGUGCCUCGUAUGCGGACGAGCUCGUGCGGCUCGUGCGCGAGCUGAACCCGGCCACAUCUGCUCAUGCCUGCACCAAGGCCCCCGCUUGGCUCCUAGAGCACGAACCAGCGUUUUUCACUCAAUUCUCCCUGAUCAUCUGUGUAAGGCAGACUCGCCUCCUCGCAGAGACACUCGCAGACAUCUCGUGGCACCACACACCACCUAUUCCCGUCGUGUGUGUCCGCAACUCCGGCUUUCAAGGCUGCGUGGGCGUAUCGGUCGGGGAACUGGGCAUCAUGGAAACCCAUCCUGACUCUCUCGUCGAUCUGCGCCUGACGCGGCCGUUUCCCGAGCUGACCGCCUAUGCACGCCAAUUUGCCUUGGACACGUCAGACUCGCUCGCCCUCAGUCACACGCCCUACGUCGUGCUCAUCCUACGCGCCCUCGACGCUUGGGCAUCGAGGCACCAGGGGGCCCUGCCCACAUCCGCCGAGCGACGCGAAUUCAUCGACACAAUGGCGUCGCAGCGCGCCAAGUACGGCGACGCAGAGAACUUGGACGAGGCAUUGGCCGCCCUCGCACCGCACGUAUGGCGCCCCCUGCAAUGUCCCGCUGUGCCCGCCCAUGUGACGGCCCUCUUUGACGACGCACAGUGCCGACACAGCACCCACGGAUUCUGGCUGCUGGUCGCCGCAUUGCACGCCUUUGUGCAGCAGUGCGGCACGUUGCCACUGACGGGCGCUGUACCCGAUAUGAAGGCCAUGUCGUUGGAAUACGCCGCUCUCCAACGCAUAUAUGUGGACCAAGCUCGGCGCGAUUUGGACAUGUUUCAGCACAUCUUGGAUGACGUCGUCACGAAGGCUGGCACAUCGCGCGAAGCCGCUGGCUUGGAGGAUGACACGGUACGCACGUUUGUCAAGCACGCUGCGUUUCUCCAGCUGGUCCGCGGCCGCCGUCUGCGACUCCAACGGACCGAGCCCAAUAUCGGUGCGCUUGCCACAGCGCUGGCUGAUCCCGUGAAUCCUGUGACAGCACAGUAUCACUUGGCCUUUGUCGCAUCCGACACGUUUUAUGAACACACGCAUCGGUACCCAGGACAGAGGCAUGACUGGCAAGCCGACGUCGACCCCCUUCUCUCUCAUGCCCAAACCUACUGCGCAAGGAUUGGCCUGGACCUGUCCGACAGCGAUCGAGUGCGCUUGCAACACGCGUGCUAUGAGUUGACUCGCGGAGCUCACUCCGAUACACCUUCCACUGCCGCGUACUUGGGCGGCGUGGCGGCCCAAGAAGUCAUCAAAAUCCUCACAGUGCAAUAUAUUCCCCUGGACAAUACUUGUGUAUAUGAUGGUAUCGUGCAAGCUGUAUCUAGUUUUCGUCUGUAA